CCUUGCGCGCGCCGGUUCCGGUCGCCCGCGCUGUGUCGCGUCCCGGCGCGAUGGCGCCCUCGGUGUGGCUGGGCGCCAGCCUGGCCCGCGCGCUCUUCUACCCGACGCUGCUCUACACCGUGCUCCGCGGGAAGCUGGGCGGCCCGGCCCACCGCGAGUGGUACCACCGCAUCGACCGCACCGUGCUGCUGGGCGCGCUGCCGCUGCGGAGCCUGACACGCAAGCUGGUCCAGGACGAGAACGUGCGCGGCGUGAUCACCAUGAAUGAGGAGUACGAGACCAGGUUCCUGUGUAACAGCUCCAAGGUGUAUAACUGGAGCCCAGAGGAGGCCAUCAAAGCCAUCACCCACAUCCGGUCCCACAUCCACAUCACACCUGGUCAGCUGGAGGUCCUCAGGGAGUUCUACAAGGCUGUGUCUCCAGCAGCAAGGAGUCACACAUGACACAGCUCAGUGGCUGAGAAAGAACUCCGACAGCUGCACCUGGCACAGAACGAGCUUUACGUGGGGCCAGCGGGGCCACUGCUGACUGACAGGACAGAAACGUGCUUGGUGGUGGGUAACUGCUUCCUGUACCUGCUUUCAUUAACCUCAAAUAACAUUGUUGAACAACUGGAGAGGAAGAGACUGGUGUGCCUAAAUUUUAUUUUCUUAAACAAGGUAAAAAGUUUCAACAAGAACCUAUUGUGUAGCUAA